AAUGGACUUGCUCCUCCGCCUGGACUUGUUCGCCCGCGUCUCCUGCCGCUUGCGGCUCUCACGCCUGCGCCACAGCCACAGCCGCAGCUACAGCUGCCGCAACCUCCGCAAGGACCGCAAGCCCCUUUCCAGUUCCCGCUACCGCAGGGUAAUCCCGCUUUCCAAAGAGGCAACAAUGCGUGGCCUCAAGGGCUGCCGCUGGACUUCACUCAACAACAACAACAACAGCCGCCUGCCGGUGCUGGCCAGAGUGUCUGGCGGCACGAGGCUCUUUCGGCGAGCAGCUUCCUGGUGGAGGAAGAGACUUCGAAUUAUCCAACAGAACAAAGGCGCACCCACAUCAGAAAAAGAAAAGCGAGUUUGCGUUUUUGCAUUCGUAUGAAGACGGAAAACGUUGUGACGCAGAGCGCACUUUGGCGUGACGCGUUUUGGUGAAUGUGAGGGGCAUCUCCAGGCACCCUCGACAAAGCGCGCCACCCUGGUGAAUAGUCAAAAAGAACAGCAGCGCAUUUUUGUUUUUUUUUUUUGCUGGUAAAAAUAUGGUUAUGGGCGCCCUUUUACUUUUCUGCAGAAUAAGGAGCCGGGCGAACAAGGGGGCGCCGCGCAGCUGCAGGACGGGCGGGGAAAAACGGUAUUAGGGUGCACACCCCCCCCUCUUCUUUCAUGCAAAAUGCCUAUUAUUAAUUUAAAAUUAAAAUUUACGCCACCUUGCCUGUGCGCUGGGUGCGGGUGUCCACUACAUGGCGAUACACGAUGAUGACCUUGCCCUUUGGCACUGUGGCGCUGGGUGUAGGUGUCAACUACAUGAUGAUGACGGUGAUGAUGGCACUGUUUGCGUGACAUGUUCUGGCAGUCCAAUUAACACGACACUCCUGUCCAGAUUUGUCAUUGCAAAACCUGUAGUCUUUUUCUUGACCACCAUCCCGAGCCCGACGUUUGUGUUGUUGCUCAUGCACUACAACAAAUGAGGGGGAGCGGGAGUUGUGCACUUUCAUACGUGGGGGACCCGCAACGGGAAGAAGUUGCAGGGACGGCCAGCAACUUCCACGAUUAUCAAAUGCAAAAAUGUAGCCUGGGUCUGGGGGGGUCAAACUUGUGAUGCUGCUUCUCCAAAAAAAUCAUGAUAUUGCCUGAGCAGCAAGAGAAGACGUCGAGUUUUUGCUACACGGGAGGCGCGGCAGUUCUCAUACGGGCGUGUAAGGAGGCAUCAAGAAGCACUCAGAAAAUCUGUGAGGCUACUUUUAGGGAAUAUAUACAUUCCGGACGUCAACAACAGCAAAAUCUGCAUGACAAGUUGCAACCUCCCAGACCCAGACGCAAACAUGGUUGCAAUGCAUAUUAACGAUGUUGCUCCGGACGCGGCGCCCGCGGCCGCGGUUAUUUCGUCUUUCGUCGAAACCAUCGCUGAACCUGAAACCAACCACCUUGACGAGUAUCAAAUGCAAAAUUGUCUGGGUCUGGAAAGGUGUGACUUGUGAUGCUGCUUUAGGAUUCCGAAAGAAAUUGUAUUUUGCGUGAGUAGCAAGUGGAGACGUCUAGUUUUUGUUACGCGGGAACGGCAUUUCUCAUUACGUGGGUAGUCAUCAAAAAGAAGAAGAACUCAAAAAAUCUGUGAUGCUGGUCAGUACAUCACGGACGUCACGGGCAUAUAUGUAAAAUCUGCAUGACAGGUAGAAGUUGCAACUACCUUCCAGAUCAGCCGGAAAUAUUUGCAAUGCAUAGCGAAGCUGUUGCUCCGGGUCCGGACGCGACGCCCGCUGGCGCAGUUUCGUCCUUCGUUGAAACCAUCGCUGGCGCAGACGGAAAUCCCGCGGCAGAAAAGUUGCCCUCGUCAUUGCAGACGAUAUGAAGUGCAAAUAUCCCUGGAUGUCUGGAGGAAUGCAGCUUGUGAUGCUGCAUUUGGAUUUCAAAAAAAUCUGUAUUGCAUGAGCAGCAAAGGGAGCGCAUUUUUUGCUACUUACGCGGUAGUAGGGGUAUUUGUCAUGCGGAAUAGGCAUCAAGAAGCCGUCAAAAAAUGUGUGAUGCUAUCGCAUGCAUCACAGAUCGAUCAUGGCUCAUGCAACACGUGCGUGACAAGUCUCAGAAUCUUCCAGUGACCCAGAGGACAUUUUUACAGUUGAUAGACGACCGAAGAAAGCAAGUUCCUGGCGCCGCGCAAGGAGGCCGUGGCGAGUCAUCUGUGGUCCUUCUUCUUGGACGACUCGGCGAAAGCGGGCGCAGACCACGCGCUAUCCUGUGCAAAAGUGUCUGGGUCUGGAAGAUUGGAACUUGUGAUGCGAACUUUGGACUCUAGAAAAAUCUGUAUUGCAUGACCAGCAAGAGGAGGCUAGUUUGUGCUACGCGGGGAGGGCGUUUGUUAUGCGGAGUAGGCAUCAGGAAGCCCUCUCAAAAUCGGAGAUGCGCGGUCGUGCAUUACAGACAUCCUGGGUCAUGCAAAACAUGCAUGACAAAUCUCAGAAUCUUCCAGACCCAGACACUUUUACAUUUGAUAUUACGUGCCUUCAGCGGACGACGAAAACGACGAACCGCACGACAGUACGGCGUGA